CUGUUUGCUCCUUUACUGAGAUCAAAUUCUGGAUUUCUAUGAUUGUAUUUUAUACUACUAAAUUAAAUAUGAAACAAUAUCAUAUAUGCCAAUACCAAUAACAGCUGAUUAAGCAGUAUUCUGUUUAGGAUUUCAUUAGAUGUCCUUUUCAUUUCCAAUUUAGAAAUGAUCAUUUCCCAAAUUUCCAAAUAUAAAAAUGAAGGCAAGACACUACAGGCAAAAAUAGUUUUUGUUUGUUUGUCUUUUUCCAUGAACUGGUCAAUUAUGAAUCUUUGGUCUCUUCAGCUUUUUGUCAUGUUUCUUCAGACUAGUGUAAAUAAAGCACAGAUUUAAGUGUUUAUUUUAUGGCACUUUAUCUGAGUCUGUACUGAAAUGCUGUACAGCGUACAAAAUUUUGGUCAGUUGAUAAUACGUAGAAUAUCAAAACCAAACUGACUUCAGCUGAACAAUGAAAAUAUUUUCUUUUUAGAGCUGCUUUACAGCAUAAUUGACAUCUGUUUACAUCAUACAACAUUAUUUUCCUAUUAUCACUGUAAAGCUGCUUUGAAAUAAUCUGUAUUAUAUAAAGCGCUACAGAAAUAACUUGGGCCACUUGAAUUGUGAUGGUAGUGAAACUGAAAGACUAACAAGACUAACAUUUGUGAAGGCUCUAUGUACUGAGAAAUGGGUCCUAGUUUCACCUGGUCGACCAUUCACAUUUGCACAAUAGGCAGUUGCACAAUUUCACCAGUAGAUGUCAGUAAAGCCGACCUUAAGUCUCCACUGUGACUUCACAGUACAGGCCAGUGUUGAUCCAACCCUAAUUAAACUCACCUGCCUGUAGCUUUUUCUAGUAAUCUGGUCACAAAGAUGCUGAGAUCCAGAAGUGAUGAUUAAACAUGUUGCUUAAUGACAUUAAAAAAAAAAAAAUCAACAAAUUAUCAAUGACAAAAAAAUGUCAAAACAAUGUUAAAUGUCUAUAAAUAUUUAUUUGUUUUGUGUAUAGGAAAGCUAUAUUUCUAAUCCUGUCAGGAUCAUUUGUAUAUUAUUUUAGCUUACUUCCUCCUCUUGAAGCACACAAGCAUCAACGGAACAGUGAUAACCACGUUGCUCUGGUGGAUUGCCUGCCACGUGCUUGAAGGAGAAAGUUUUCUAUGCAGUCUAAUCUCAAGAAGAACAAAAACAAGCUCCUUCGAUCGACAGAACAUGGAAAAGAACAGAGACAACAGUCGAGUACAAAACUCUGCUCAUGUAGAGCCUGAUGUCGGCACGUGUCUGAAGGAGAGACGAAACGCUUAGGUGGCGGAAAUACGCCUUAAGCUGGUUUGCCAACUGCUAUAGAACACAAAGAAGAAGAAACGUGUGACAUCACUGAUUUCACUCACACAAGGGAACUAGGAAAUGACAAACCUCGACAUGCAGGAUGAUGGAGAGACAGACGUCAGGAGUCAGAGACGAUGAUGGACUGAAGACUGAAGAAAGAACAGGAUAUCAUCAUGUCCAGCAGAGAGAGCAGAGAUGUUGUUCGCAGUUCUUCUCGCAGGAGAAGAAAAAGCAAAUCCAUAAGCCCCCCCCUCAUGAGUGAUUUGAGGAUUGUUCUUCUGGGGAAGAGCGUGCCAGAAAACAGUGGAGUGGGAAACUUCCUGUUGGGUCGAGCAGCGUUUGACAGUGAAGCUCCUCCAGAUGUUGUAGAGAGAGUCGGAGGAAGACUGAAGGACAGACAAGUGAUGGUCAUCAACAGUCCUCAGCUGCUCCAGACAAACAUCUCAGAUCAUCAGAUCACACAGACAGUGAGAGAGUGUGUGUCUCUGUCUGAUCCAGGACCUCAUGUGAUCGUUCUGCUCCUCAAACAUGAUCAGUGUUCAGCAGAAGAUCAGGAGUGUGUGGAGAAGGUACUGGACUCUUUCUCUGAGCAGGUUUAUCAACACACCAUGGUGCUCACCACACAGUCCACUGAAACCAAUGACAUCCUACAGAAGAUCAUUCAGAAAUGCUUCAACAGACACUUCAGUCUUCAGAGAAGCAGCACUGCUGAUGAUCUUCUGCAUAUGUUUGAAGACAUUGUGCAAAAGAAUGAUGGACGACACCUGGAUUGUGCUGAAGAGUCACAGUAUUUCACAAUGGAGCAACAGGCCACAGAAAGAGAGGCUGUGAAGCUGAAUCUGGUUGUGUGUGGGAGUGACGGUACAUUAAAAUCCUCCAUAAUAGAGCAGAUCCUGCAGCAGACAGACAGAAGAUCAGACGUGGAGCUUCAUGGACGUCAGAUCAGUCUGGUGGAUCUUCCAGCUCUGUUCAACACUCGUCUCUCAGAGGAGGAAGUGAUGCGUCAGGCUCUCCGCUGUGUGUCUCUCUGUCAUCCUGGAGUUCAUGUUUUCCUUCUCAUUAUUCUUGAUGCUCCACUGACUGAUGAAGACAAAGCAGAAAUGGAGGAGAUCCAGAGAAUCUUCAGCUUCAGAAUCAACAAACGCAUGAUGAUCCUCAUAAUGCAGAAUUCGGAGCAUCAGACAGAAGAACUCAAUGAAGAAACACAGUCUGUCAUUGAGAGAUUUGGAGGACGACAUCAUUUCUUUGGUCCCAACACACAAGUGUCCACAUUGAUGGAGAACAUUGAGAAGAUGGUGGAAGAAAAUGGAGGAGAGCUUUACUCCACAGAGAUAUUUCUGGAGGUGCAGAUGGAAAAACUGAUGAAAUUUGAAGAGAUGAAGAAGAAAAUCGACUUACUAGAGACACAAUUACUGUCACAAGGCUCAAGAGAAAACACAGAUGAAGUGAGGAUUGUGCUGCUGGGAAAAACUGGAGUUGGGAAGAGUGCAACAGGAAACACAAUCUUAGGAAGAGACGCAUUUAAGGCAGAAGAAUCAUUUGAAUCAGUGACCAGUGAGAGUCAGAGAGAAACAUCUGAAAUCAAUGGCCGACACGUUACUGUGAUUGACACUCCAGGACUGUUUGAUACUGAACUGAGUAAUGAGGAGAUCCAGAGAGAAAUCAGACACUGCAUCUCCAUGAUCCUGCCUGGACCACAUGUGUUUCUCCUGCUGAUUCCACUAGGAAGAUUCACUAAAGAAGAACAGAAAUCAGUGAAGAUCAUCCAAGAGACAUUUGGAGAGAAAUCUUUAAUGUUCACCAUGGUGCUCUUCACCAGAGGAGAUUUUCUGAAGAACAAAACUAUUGAACAGUGUUUGGGAAAACCUGGAUCUGUGAUCAGAAACCUGAUUGAAGCUUGUGGAAACAGAUUCCAUGUGUUCAAUAAUAAUCAGACUGGAGACCGAACACAGGUGUCUGAUCUACUGGAGAAGAUAGACAACAUAGUAGAAGAAAACGGAGGGAGUUUCUACUCAUGUAAGAUGUUCAGAGAGAUGGAGAGAGAAAGACAAGAGCAACAGAUGAAGAUCCUGAUGGACAGAGUCACAGAAAGAGAAGAACUGAUAGACAAACUAGAAGAAGAGAAAGAGAGAAUGAAGAUGAUGGAGGAAAAACGACAGAAUCAAGACAAAGAGAGAAAGACCAGAGAAGAAGAACUGAAAAGAGAAAUAAGAGAACAAGAGAAACAUCAGAGAGAGAUACGAGACGAGAUGAGACGAGAACGAGAAAAAUUCAAACAUGAAAUAGAGGAAAUGAGACAAGAAAAAGAGAAUUUGAAGAAAGAAAAGGAAAAACUUCUGAUCAAAUACGACACAGAAAUAGGCAGACUGAUGAACAGAAUAGAGAAUGAGAAAAAGAAAAGAGAAGAGGAAUUUAAUGAGAGAGAAGAACGAUACAAAACACUAAUGAAAGAGAAAGAAGAUUUUCAAUCCAAACAUGAAGAAGAAGAAGACAAGAUGAAGAUCCUGAUGGAGAAACUGAACAGAGAAAGAGAAGAACUGAUGAAGAAACACGAAGAAGAGACAGAGAGAAUGAAGAUAAUGAUGAAGAAACUGAACAGAGAAAGAGAAGAACUGAUGAAGAAACACGAAGAAGAGAAAGAGAGAAUGAAGAUAAUGAUGGAGGAAGGACGACAGAAUCAAGACAAAGAGAGAAAGAGAAGAGAAGAGGAACUGAAAAGAGAAAUAAGAGAAGAAGAGAAACAUCAGAGAGAGAUACGAGACGAGAUGAGACGAGAACGAGAGACAUUCAAACAUGAAAUAGAGGAAAUGAGACAAGAAAAAGAGAAUUUGAAGAAAGAAAACGAAAACCUUCAGAUCAAAUAUGACACGGUAACAGACAGACUAAUGAACAGAAUAGAGAAUGAGAGGAAGAAAAGAGAGGAGGAAUUUAAUGAGAGAGAAGAACGAUAUAAAAGAGAAAUAAAAGAGAAAGGAGAGAGAGAGGAAAAGAUGUGUGAGGAGAUGAAGAGAGAACGAGAGGAAUGGGAGAAACAGAAACUGGAGGAAAAGACGAGAAGAGAAGAAGAUGAGAAAAGAAGAGAGAGAGAGAAACAGAUUAGUGAUGAACGGAUUCAGAGACUCAGGAGUGAAAUGGAGGGAAUAAUCAGAGAGAAACAGAGAACAGAAAGAGAGAGACGAGAACAACUAGAGGAUUUAGAGAAGAGACUGACAGAAGAAAGAAACAUGAGAGAAGAUCAACAAAAGACUUCUGAAGAAACAAUGAAACUCCUUGAACAGCAUGAAGAAGAACUGAAGAGAAGACGAGUGGAGUGGAGAGAGAAAUAUGAACAAGAGAAAGAGAAGAUGAUGAGGAAGAUAUGCUCUGAAACUGAUCGGUCACUACAGGUCACAGCCUACAGGAAACUGGAGACUGAAUACAGGAAGUGGUCUUGGAGUCUUCGCAGUGCCAUGAUGGAAACUGAGAACAAACUUCACAACAGAAUACACAAUGGAGCUAUUCAUGAGGUUGAGGAAACUGAUCUUCAAAGAGAACUGAAGAAGACAAGUGAAGAAGUGAAAAAAUCAAUGUCUGAAUUCUUUGAGAAAGACACUGAUAAAUAUAUACUGAUUCAGUGGAAAAAAUCAUUUGAAAUUAAAAUCAAAGAUCUUCAGGAAAACAUUGUGAGAGAAACAAAGAGGAAAUUAAAUGAGGUUCUUCAGCAGCGACACCUGAAGAAAAUGAUUGAUGCUCAGCGAAAACUUCAUGAAAACACUCUCUAUGAAAAGAGCAAAGAACUCGCCUUAAUACUCAGAGACAACACAAAUGAUGAAGAAACACUGAAGAAAGAGUUUGGUUUGUUCUGGGAACAGAGUGUGAAGAGGAUCAUCAGAGACACUCCUGCAAUCAAAGACAUUGAUGUAAUGAGAGAUGUGAGAGAGAUCCUCUGUGACGCCUAUAGAAGUGUUCCUGUAGAUCUCUGGAGGGAGAGCAGAGAUAUUUUCACUUUGCAUAGUUACUCUGAAUAUGUACGAUUAAAGAGGUUAAGGGGAAUUAAUGCAUAUUCAUUAAAUUUGUACAUAUCAGCUAAAGAGAUGAUGGGUUAUGUUCUAUCUCCAGAGGAUGAAGCUCAAAUCAGAUCAUUAAUCUCAGAUGUUGCUCAGCAGACAGACACAAUGAUUCAGUCAUUUAACAUUUCAAAGAAGGGCUACAACAUCAGCUGCAUUCAACAAGUCACAGAUUAUAUCAAGAAGAGAGUAACAGAACAUCAGGAACGAGUGAAAUAUGUGUUCAAGAAGGAAUUCUUCAUGGAUCUGGUUAUUUCCAUCUGUAAGAGAUCAAACAAGAUGAUCACUGACCAACACAGACUGUUCAGAGAAGCCAAUGAUCCUGUAAUAUAUGUUGAGAAGAUGAGAGAACAGUACUAUAGUAUUUUCCAGAAAUACUGUCAUGAAGCAACAUCAUCUGCCAUUUUUGGUGAGAUCAUCUGUCAGAAACUGAAAGAGCCCAUUGAGCAGAGCGUCUACAAGAAGACUGCCAGAGAUCUGACAGAUGAAAUGAGAUCAAACUGUGAAUUACUGAAUGGAAACAGAUCAAAUCUGGAGAAACACAUCCUGAAGACACUGUCAGAAGAGGAGGAUUUUGACAAAUACAUGAAGUACAUUCAUAAUCCCAGAGAUCACUUCAAGAGUUUCAUCAGAGAUGAAGUCAGGCGAUACAUCUCUGAUAAGUUCAGUGUCAGUGUUUUACCCAAGAUGAAGGAGAACAUUGAACUCCUGCAGCAGAAGAUCAUGAAAGCAGCACAUGAAUCUACUGAACAUGUUCAAGAGAACAGAGGAGAUGCUGGUUUGUGGUUGAAGAGUUUCACACAGCAGAUCUCAGAUGAGCUGAUCUUCUCUGAAAAAGACCUCAGAGGUGUGAAUCAUGAUGAUGUUGAUGAUUUCAAACUCCUAGAAGAUGUGAUGAGACAAGAACUUCCUGCUAUAAUGUCUGAGAUCAGCAGUCGUUUUAAUGACUUCCUGGGGAAGCUGGACUAUAAGUUCAGACCAGAUGAGCUUCUGAUUGAUUUCUUCUGUCAGUGCUGUUGGGUUCAGUGUCCGUUCUGUGGAGCCACCUGCACCAACACCAUAGAAAACCAUCAUGGAGAUCACUGUGCUAAUUUCCACAGAGUGACUGGAAUUAAUGGCACAUAUUACAGUUCAACAGGGAAUCUCUGUACUGAUAUUUGCACAGAUUUAGUGGCAAGUCAUCAGUAUUUUAAUACAUCAGAUGGAAGAUUCUCUUAUAGAGACUACAGAAGAGCAGGAGGAGUUUAUGCAGACUGGAGCAUCACUCCUGAUCUCUCUGAACUGCCCUACUGGAAGUGGUUUGUGUGCAGAUUCCAGAAAGAUCUGGAAAAAUACUACAGUGAAACAAUUGAGGGGAAGACUGAGAUCCCAGAUGAAUGGAGAAGAUACUCAAAACAUGAAGCUGUUGAGAGUUUGGAUCAACAUGUAAUGGAGCAGAUGAAGACUGAGACUCUUGCGUCUCCUCUCAGAUUCAGAUCACAGUCAGAAAUGAGUUUCUCUGACAUUCAUCAGUGAAUCUGAGCUCAUCUACACCUCAGAAGAUCAGAGCUUCAUCAAAUACACCAGAAGAGAUUCAGUUCCUCAUACAAGUGUCUGUCAGAUGAUCAAAACAACAUAUUUCUGAACAUAUGCCUCAUUAAUGAAGCUCAAAAUGAUUGAUGUAUCUUAUAGUUUAUUACUAAUCUAAACAGCUUAAUCUCUAUCAUGAACUGAAAAAGAUCUUUGAUAAGGACAUUAAUGACAGACUGUUGAUGAAAUAUGACUGAAGUGUGUGUUUGUUAAAGCUCAGUGCUGGAAUCAGACGAUGGAGGAAAGUGUGAGAAAUAAACAGAUGUGUGAAUCAAA